AUCACUGUCGGCUGUGAUCCUUUGGUGCUGAUAGACAAGCCAAUUGUUCGUUGGCAUGUGAGAAAACGACAUAGUUGAGUAUGGGUUUGAAACUUUUAUUCACAAAGCAUCCUCUAUUAUGUGACAAAUUUUCAAACGAUUUGAUCCACUUUUUCUCUUACAGAAACUCUGAAACGGUGCAAAUAACAAUCAGCUGGAUUUGAUUAAACCAAAUCAGCAGUUAAUACAAGAGCAUUUGUGGAACGACUUUUGUUGACUUAAGCCUAAUGCAAUUUUGUCUGAAGUCAUUAUAUCGCUACAUAUGCAUACCUGACUUGUAAAAUUGAGCAAUGUGAUUGGAGACAAGAAUACGUGUUUUUUCUCUUAUUUUUUGACAUUUAUUUUUUUCGUCUCUAUCCGAGUUCGUCGCUGACAGAAUGACCAACAAGGGCGGCGGUGAACAAAUCAAUCGCCGGUUACCAUUACAGUAACUAAACAGCCAACCGCUAUGACGCACGAGGCAAGUCGGCAGCGUCACGGUAAAUCCAGCCUAGAGCGGGAGUUCGCCGAGUCCACCAGCCUGCACGGCAUCGCCAAGGUCUUCCACGCCAGCAGGCUCCUCAUCCGGUUCGUCUGGGUAGCCAUCAUGCUGACGUGCCUGUGCGUCUGCGUCUGGCAGAUCUCAGACCGUUUCCAUCGGUUCCUGCAGUACAAGGCCAACACCGAAAUCUCGGUGGAGUACACCAGGGAUCUGGACUUCCCGGCAGUGACCAUUUGCAAUUUCAACAGAUAUCGAUCAAGCGCGCUGACGGAGAGUGACAAAACUUAUCUGCCGUACAUCAUUUGGGCCAAUGACUACGACUACGACUCGUUUGGGGACAGCCAAGGUGGUGUAGAGUACUGGGACGUGGUCGCGGACGACGGGCGAGACAACGACACGCAUUUCAACUACACCGACUUCACGUUGAGGGCGGGCUUUCUAAUGGAUGACAUCACCCUUCGCCAGUGCGAGUGGCGGCGAAAGACAAAAAGUUGUUCGCCUGCGAAUUUUUCGCACGUGUUCACUUCCUUCGGCAACUGCUGGACUUUUAACUCUGGGAAGACCGGACCCAUUCUGAAGGAAACUCAGGCAGGGAGCGGCAACGGAGUCCGGAUGUUGAUCGACAUACAGCAGAGCGAAUACACAGAGACGGUGGAUGGGAACAUUCCAGCCGGCUUGAAGGUCCUCAUUCACGACCAAGCAACACCUCCCUUCGUAGAGUCCUCGGGGCUUGCCAUCUCACCCGGCGUCUAUGCUUUCAUUGGCGUUCGUAAACAGCAGUACCUUAACCUGGAGCAUCCGUACGGGAAAUGCAACGCCUCUAAGACGUUGACGAGGUUCUCUCAUUACACGAGGGAGGGAUGUAAAAUUGAAUGCAGAGCGAGAGCCAUACUGGAGAAGUGUAAUUGCAGACUCGUACGACAUCCAGGGAAUGAGACGGAAUGCUCGCCCCAGCAAACAAGCGGUUGCGCCAUGAGCACCCUAGGCGCCCUGGUAGGCGGGGAAGAUAACCCAUGCGAUUGCCCCGUGCCAUGUAACUACACCACCUUCACCACCUCGCUGUCCACGGCGUCCAUACCCAGCAACAGCGUUGCGGCGCACCUGCAAGGUCUGACGGAGACCUCCUACUCAAGCGACUACUCUUACUCGUCCUUCAGUGUUCCGUACCCGGCACAGUUGGAUCUCUUUGAGGAAGGCUACAUACCGAAAAACGUGAUUUUGCUGGAUGUGUUUUACGAAGAUAUCAACUUUGAGAGGUACGAGCAAUCGGAAGCCAUCACUCCAUCGGCUUUAAUCAGCGAUAUCGGCGGCCAACUGGGACUGUUCCUGGGAGCCAGCUUCAUCACCCUGGCGGAGAUUCUGUCCUAUUUCGGCAAAAAGAUCGACUUCUGGAUUCAGCGAGGACUGGGCAAGCACCGGCGCUUACUCGAACGGCAGCGAGACAAUCGCCAUGGGAGAGAUGUACCCUUGAAAAGUGUUCGCAUCGACAACGGCAACCACAGGACGCUAUGGGCAGACGUUUAGUCUGGCACCGCUUUCCCUAAAGGAAAAGUGGAGACGCGCGCCUCAGCUUUCCGUUGGGGGCGCAACUUGUGCGGAACUAAGUGCAGUUCCAUAUUACUGUGGGCAUCAACUUAACUGAGCAGCAGUUGCCAGCCAAUGGUACUACAUACACACGUACUCCCUAAGUGCUGAAAAGUUGUAAUCAAACUGACAAAAGGAUACGAUGAUGCAAACAGGACAAAAGGUCUUGCUAAGUCUUGAUAUAGCUUACUUGGCAAAUUGAGACUACAAGCCACAAAAACAAGCCAAGUUCUACAAAAAUAAAUUGAUAAUUGAUUGAGUUCCUACUGAGACUGGAGUUCAUUUUCAAACUAUUCCAGCUUUUAUUUGGGUUAAUUUAAACUACAAACUGUCUCGUCCUUUGUGUCACUCUUGGGAAAGAAGGAAUGCUCCACGCGUUUUUCAGUCGUCGAGAAUCUUAACAACCUGGCUUCGGGUGACCGAAAGGUCUUCUGUAAAUUAUAGUCAUACGUGCGUCUUCAACAAACAAUGUGGUUGACUCAGUUCUGCUUUGCUGCCUGUUUCUGUACUCUCUCCGGGUUGCUGAACCCGUCUUCUCAGUGUUAAGAGUAUUUUUUUUUAAGUACGUCUUUGUCUGAAGUUAUACUCAGAGUGCCUUGAACUAUCUGGAGCACCAAUGGCAAUAUACAAACGCGGUUUUUAAUACUAGUCAUGUUUUAAACCACAUCAAUCUCUAUGUCAGGUUGAAUUAAAUACUUUUUCAACAAUUCGAAGGCACUUAAAAUCAAGGGACUGAAUAGUUAAAAUUCAACAUUUUAAAAGUUUUCUCCUGCUUUAUGGAUGCCAUGGGAACUUUCCCAGAGCGGGAAGAAAUGUGAAAUACGGCCGGCAAGGGAAAAAUACAGCGCCAGCCUCCUACGCCAAACUUCUCCAUGCCCUGACGCGCGUGCGUAGUCUUGGAGCUGGUCUAUAUUUUCAGGGCGGCAGCGGUUACAGCCCCCCCCCUCCUCAUUUGUUAAACACAGAGGCCCUGCAAACCACAACAAUCAAGGCCAAGAGCACAGCUGUCAAAUAAAACCUAAUGCCAUCGUAA